ACAGCUCAAACAUGGUUCCCAAUCCACCGAAACUUUUAUCAUUCAAUCAUCAGUUUGUUGCAAAUUAAUUCAUCUUUGCCUUCAUAGCUCAUUGAAAUUCCAAAUGCCAUGUGGGAAUUUCGCUUAUCCACAUUAGCAAACCUUUCUUUCAUACUUUUAGUUGCCAUCAAUUUUUCAGUAAGCCAUGUUUCAGCUUCUAAACAACUUCAAAAUGAGACUGAUCGCCUUGCUCUGCUUGAAUUCAAGCGUCAGAUAUAUGAUGACCCCUUUGCUGUGCUGAAUUCCUGGAACCAUUCACAGCACCAUUGCGAGUGGGAAGGAGUCACAUGUAGUAGUCGACAUAAUCAGAGGGUCAUGGCCUUGACUCUAAGGGAUAAGCACUUGUCUGGAACUAUAUCACCUCAUGUCGGAAAUCUAAGCUUCAUGAGGUUCAUCCAUCUUGAGGAGAAUCAAUUCCGUGGCGAGAUUCCCCAAGAAUUCGGUCGCCUCUUCAGGCUAAGAGUCUUGAACCUGUCAGGAAACGCACUCGGUGGAAAAAUCCCAGCAAACCUGAGCUAUUGCUCAGAGAUGACUGCUAUUAGCCUAAUGAGCAACAGGCUAGAAGGGAAAAUUCCGAUUGAUCAGCUGAGCAAUUUGAAGAAGCUUGAACUUUUUAAUAUUUAUUCAAACAAUUUGACAGGAGAGAUUCCCUCCUCCAUUGGGAACUUAUCAGCACUGAUCACACUCGUGCUCAGCUUCAACAAUCUGGGCGGAUAUUUGCCCAAGGAGAUGGGGCUCUUAAAAAAGCUUGCCAUAUUAAGAGUUGGAGGAAAUAAACUGUCUGGUAUAAUCCCUGCCUCUAUCUUUAAUAGUUCAACCAUUAUUUUAUUUUCAGUAGCCGCCAAUUCCUUUCAUGGCAAUCUCCCAACCAACAUAGGUUUCACCCUACCAAAUCUGGUAGUAUUAGCUGUUGGGGAAAACAAGUUCCAUGGAAAACUUCCAACUUCAAUCACCAAUGCUUCUGGGCUUGUGACACUUGAUCUUUCCAGAAAUAAGUUUCAAGGCCAAGUUCCAGCUAAUUUAGGAGAUCUGACAAACCUUCAAAUAAUAAAUCUUUCUAUUAAUCUCUUCGGCAAUAAUUCUACCGGAGACUUGGAUUUUGUUGCAUCAUUGACCAACUGCAGUAAUCUAACAUCUCUUUCCUUGAGUGGCAAUAAUUUUGGAGGUAAGCUUCCUAAAGUCAUGGCCAAUCUCUCAAAUCAGCUCACAGAAUUGUACUUGGGAGGAAAUCAACUGUCAGGAACUAUUCCAGAAGGGUUUGGAAAUCUUGUCAAUUUAUAUUUGCUUACCUUUGAAACAAACUCUCUUUCUGGCCACAUUCCAAGAGAUUUUGGCAAAUUACAAAAUUUGCAACUUCUGAGUCUAGCUCAAAAUGAGUUGUCAGGACAGAUAGUCUCUACCCUAUGUAACGCCACAGCUCUAUACCGUCUGGAGUUUUCAUUUAACCAGUUUGAAGGGGGAAAUAUAUUUGAUAAUGUUCUUAUGAACUGUCAAAAUUUGCAAGUUCUAGGUAUAUAUCAAAACAACUUCACUGGAAUUAUUUCACCACAUUUUCUGGAGACGCAUUCAUCACUGAUGCAUUUGAUGUUAGGCGAAAAUUCGUUUAGUGGUUCUCUGCCUCCUGAAGUAGGAAAGCUUAUACAUUUGGUGGAUUUAGAUGUUUCCCAAAACCAACUUGCUGGAGGUAUACCCAUAUCACUUGCUGAUUGUACAAAUCUGGAGAAUCUUUAUAUGCAAUCCAAUUUUUUCCAAGGAACAAUUCCACCAAAUUUGGCUUCUUUGAAGAGCAUCCGGCAAUUAGACCUUUCAAGUAAUAACUUGACUGGACGAAUACCAAAAGAACUUCAGAAGCUUCAGUUUUUGAGCUACUUAAAUCUUUCCUACAACGACAUUGAGGGCGAGAUACCAAACACUGGAAUUUUCAGUAAUGCAAGUCAAAUAUCAUUGACUGGCAACAACAAACUCUGUGGAGGCAUUCCAGAAUUGGAGUUCCCACCUUGCCCAGUGAUCAAGGGGAAAACCAGAGGAAAGCUUAAGGUUAUCAUAUUGCUGUCCAUUGUUUUACCAGCAAUGCUUCUGGUUCUCGGUGCAUUGUUGUUAUCUUUCUUGGUACAUCGAAAAAGAGAAAGAAGAAUGGUGGCCGGAUUCUCUAGCAUGCCCACAAGAAUCGAUGAGCUCUUACGGCUUUCUUACCAUGAACUUCUUUGUGCAACUUCAGGAUUUUCUCCAGAAAACUUAAUUGGUUCAGGAAAUUUUGGAGCCGUCUACAAAGGCAGAUUAGAAAAACUUGGCAAUAAGCUCGUAGCUGUCAAAGUUCUUGAUCUUCAGAAGAAUGGGGCUUCCAAAAGUUUUGAGGCUGAGUGCAAAACAUUGAGAAACAUUCGCCAUAGAAACCUGAUCUCUAUCACGAGUUAUUGCUCCAGUAUUGAUUCCAGGGGUGAUGAAUUCAAAGCUCUAGUCUACGAGUUUAUGGAAAAUGGAAAUCUGGACCUAUGGCUGCAUCCAGAGACAACUGAUCAAGCAACAAGCUCCAGAAGUCUUAAUCUUCUUCAGAAGCUAAAUAUUGCAAUUGAUGUGGCUUCAGCAAUGCAAUAUCUUCACGACCACUGUGACGCAGAGAUUGUUCAUUGUGAUCUAAAACCAAGUAACAUUCUUCUUGACAAUGAUCUUGUUGCCCAUGUGGGUGAUUUUGGAUUGGCAAGGCAUCUCCCAAAACCCAACAACAGAUCUUCCGACCAAGAAGGCAGCAGUACUAUUGCUAUAAAAGGAACAAUCGGUUACGCACCCCCAGAGUACGGAUUGGGUGUUGCGGCAUCAACUCUGGGGGAUGUCUACAGCUAUGGAAUUCUUUUGCUAGAGAUGAUUACAAGGAAGAGGCCAAUAGAUGAUAUGUUCAUGGAUGAGCUAGAUCUGCAUAAUUAUGUUAAUAGGGCCUUGCCUGGACAAGUUUACGAGAUCGUGGACCCCUUGCUGCUUUCUAAAGCAGGAGAUGAAAACAAAAGAAUGAAUCCUGGAGGGGAUAAAAUUGAUGGUGAAAGAGAGAUGGAGUGUGUUAUUUCCCUGGUGAAAAUCGGGCUCAAAUGCUCAGAAAAAUCACCAAAUGAUCGGAUGCACAUGAAUGAAGUUGUCAGAAAAUUACAUCAUAUUAAGGAUGUUUUUCUUGGUGUCAGUGCAUAUCGAAAAAAUCUUGAAGCUUAAUUGCCACAGGUACUAAUGCAUAAAACCUUGAUUUGCAGCUGUUUGUUUGUUGGCCUGAAUCUCCGAGCUGAAGUUGCUAGUCUGAUGAGUUGAUGACGAAGACACCUUUGGCUUUUUAUUUGAAAGGCAGCCAAUUCACGGAAUUCUGUUUGAACAUCAUUAUCAUGUUUGGAUCUUAUGUUUCCAUAAUGUGUACGUUAUACAACAAAUUGUAUUUUAUUACUAGGCAUACUCUUGCUUCUAUUAAGCAUGCCCUUCUUUGAA